AUGGACGGCCUCGAUAAGCCCGUGCACGAAGCAUUGCUCGACUACGAUCUCUUGAAUGCGUUCAGUGUCCAAGAAAACAACGUCGUAAAUCUAGCAACAGCGAAACCAUGGCGUAUGAAUCUCUGCGCUACGAGUGAACAAGAUCCUUGUACAUUUUUUGUUGCCACGGGGCAAUACGUUCAGGUUUACAAAAUCGAUCACUUUAGUGCCGCCUUCCGUGAACCUGUCAGAACACUCGCAACACCUAUCCCGAGACAAGGCCAGGACCUUGGAAUGGAUACGAUUAAUCAGAUUAAAGUGGGCAGAAUCUUCGAAAAAGAAGUGGUUGUCACAGUGUCUGAUGCGGGUGAUAUAUGGAUUUGGCGUACAGAUGCUUUACAUGAGCCACCCAUGACGAUAAACAACGAUGGUUCAUCCACUUGGGGUUUAGCCAUCCAUGGGGACCAAGGCUUCAUUGCAGUUUCUGCUAAUAGCUGGACUAUCAAUGUCUACAAUAUUGGUGAGAUGACGAAAAGCGAUCCUAUCUUUGGCAAACGACGGCGGACUGUUGUGCCAGUAAUGGAUGGAGUGACGAAACGAGAAUUGGGCGGACACACGGACAAUAUCCCUUGCAUUGACUUUAAUCGAUCUGGUCGGUACAUCGCUAGUGGCUCCAUUGAUCAAACAUGUAGAUUAUGGGACUUGAAAACUGGACAACAGGCGACGAUCCGUAAAAUCGAAAUGACUAGGCGAGAGAACGAGGCGUGGUGCUGGUCUGUAAAGUUUAUCUCACAGAAAGAUAUCAUGGUGGCACGGUGUACAGACAAACAAAUUAGCGAUGCCAUUAUGAGACGAAUCCACAAUUCUCGAUCCACCGCAUUGUCAGCGGUCGGUAUGCGUAACUCAGCUGCAUUACCGAUCUACCGUCUCAAUAUGGCAGGAUUCGAAGGAAUACACGCAUUCAUGCAACCAUUCGAAAGCGACAACGACGAAGAUGAUAUAGCUGAAGAAGAUGAAGACAACGAUAACAAUCAAAGAAGAAGGCCGUCAGAUGCCAUCGAUAUUCCAGACGAAGUGCGAGUUCCAGCUGCACAAUUACAACAAUUAGAGCUUGGCAACGAAAGUCUGCAAGCUUUAAGAAAUCGCGUUCAAGAUUUUCGUCAGCUAUUGGCAUCUGGUCCUUUCGAAGAAGAAAACGACGAUGAUGUCGAUGAUGAAUACGAGUACGACGACGACGAGCAACGACAAAACGACGAAGAAGAAGAGGAGGAACAAGACGAUGAUAUAUACCAAGGGCCAGAUGAAAACAUCACUGCAGCCUGGCGACAAGGUGCUGAGCAAUCUGGAUUGCCUGAGAACCAGGAUUUGAUGGAUUGGCUCAGCGAUGAAGAAGAUACUGCGGAUGAACCAUUUCUACGACGUUUACCAGGUGGUCAUCGAUUGCUGGCUCCUGAGGAACAUCGUGCGCUUGAAGAACAGAUGGUUGCUGAGCGAGCUGAGACAUUCCCGUUUCGAUUACGCAAUGUGCCGACAGAGGUGAUCCCAAUAAGUCAAAGUGGCUGGAGCGAUACCGAAUCGGACACUUCAUCAAACAACUCAGAACCUGACACUGUAAUGGAAGCUGAUGAGCCGAGUGGACCAUGGAUAAAGUCAAUGAUUCCACAAGUUAUGCGGUGCUCGUCCCCUGUAUCUCCAUCAAUGGAGAGCUUUCUUGACAACAAAAUCAAGAAACGCAGUGACGAACUUAUCAUGCUUACUACGCCAAAGGAUGUCAUAUUGCUGCAUCCGACCAUGACAAGGAUGGUAACAGAACGAUGGGAACGUAAUGUUAUUAGCAACGUCGAUGUCCGCUCAGACAGGCUACUCACGGCAAUGGAUCGCCUCAAUAUGGUUGAAUGGAUUCCAGAGUUGGAGCUCUAUGUUGCUGCUAGUCAAAAGGGAACAGUAGCACUUAUGCGCGUGAUCAAGGUCGAGUUAGAAAAUGGGCAAAGCACGCUUGUUUUCAAUAGUGAAAAGUAUUUACCUGAUUCUGGGCUGCGGAAUAGCCCACUUUAUGGAAUGACCGUGCAAAAGGCGGAGCAUGAUCGAAUGACAUCGCCUACUUAUUUGAUAUACCUCUUCUAUAAUGAUGGUUGCGUAUUGGGAUAUCGAAUAUCUCGGAAAACUGAUGAGCUGUUUGCGGAACCUAUUAUAUUGUAA